UGGCUCGUCAAAAUUUUGUUGGAAUUGUGAUUUCCCAAGGGAAAAUGAACAAAACUGUCAAGGUUCGCGUUCAACAAAAGGUUUUCAACAAGAAAAUUAACAAAGAUACCUUGACAAGAAAAGACUUUUUAGUUCAUGACGAAGGUAAUAUCUGUAAAGAAGGUGAUUUAGUUCGUAUUGAAAAUUGUCGUCCUCUUUCUAAACGUAAGAGUUUUGCAAUUGCUGAAAUUAAAGAUAAUACUGGUACAAAAUUCGAAAAAUAUCAAAAACUUGCUAAAGAGAAAGUAGAAAAAGAGGAAAAUUUGAGAACUAGAGAAUUUAUGAGAAAACGUAUUGAGUUUCAGGAAUUAUCCAAUGAAAAUUUAAGUAUUAUUCAACAGGUGGAUUUUAUUAGAAAUGCUGAACAUAUAGCAAAACAUGGUUCUCCAAAAGCAAAAGAAAAAUUAAAUUUAUUGGCUAAACUGUUUAAUAUUAAUCCAACUAAAGAUAGUAGUCUAAUUCUGUUUAACAUCCAAACACUCAAAGAUAGAAUAAAUGAAUAUAAAGCUGAAGUUUUGUUUAAAGAAUUAAUGUCUGAUCCAAUAAAAAGAGACCAGAUUAUAGUCAAGAAAGGUCUUGAACCAGAUAAACUUAAAAAAGGUAUUUUAAAAAACAUUGUUAGAACAUACGCUAAAAAGAAAAUCUUGGCUCAACAUUAUUUAGGCUACUAGUGCAAUAAUUUUUUAAUUUUGUGUGUAAAUAAUAUUGGUUUAAUAUAUAUUCAAAUCUUGCUGUACUAAUAAAUUACAAAAAGAAAAAAAUAAAAUAAAAGAAAAGAAAAGAAAAGAAAAGAAAAGAAAAGAA